ACUAGUAGAAUUAAUGAAGCUAAAUAUCUUUUAUAUAUGAACCCUAAUUUUCUUCACCAUCCUGAUGCAACAUAUUUAGAAGAAAUUACUACGGAACAUGAUUUUUAUGUCUCUGAACAAAAUAAAAAACUUGAAGAAAAGAAUGCUAUUUUAGAAGUAAAGGUUGUAAAAUUAGAGAAAAAAAAUACUGAGUUAGAUAAAACUAACCAAAUGUUAGAAGAAGUAUUAGAAUUAGAGAAAGAAACAUCUGACUAG